AUGGAAGAGCCCGCAAAAGACGCACAAGCUCUGGGUUUUCAGCUUCUUCCCAAAGACAAAGACAUCAGGAUUACCUACUUGAUCAUUAUGAACACCUUAUCUCAAAGAAGUUUCCUGCAUGUUUGCCUUGUGCUGGUGUUCUCCAUCAAAUCCUUCUCCUCCACCAAAAUCUCAUCUCCAGACUGCUCCAGACUGCAGCAAAUCAAAGUGAACCAUAGCCUACACCUCCUGUGCAGGAUGGGUGGACAAUUUCCUUUAUCAUGUCUAAAUGACAGGACAGACUUCAGGAUCCCCAGAGAGAUUUUCAUAACCAGAAAGAAGGAGAAUGCCCCGAUGAUAAUCCAUGAGCUCCUCCACCACAUCUUCCAGCUUUUUAGCAAGAAUCUUCCACAAGGUCCCUGGAACCCAAGUUGCAUUGAGAAAUUCCAAAAUGGACUGCACUGGCAAAUUGAGCAGCUGGAGAAAUGUUUUGGUGGGGAGAUGCAGCAGGCAACAAGGAACUGGAAAAAUGGGCUUUUACAGAACAUCCUGAAAGUGAAGAAAUAUUUCCAAAGAAUCAGCCACUUCCUCAAUGAGAAAAACUACAGCCGCUGUUCCUGGGAAACAGCUCGCAUGGAAAUGAGAAGAUGCUUUCUGUUUCUUGACCAUCUCUUAAAAAACCUUCAAAACUAA